CGGCGGCCCGAGAAAGCAGCUCGCUCAGCUGACGCAGGCUGACGGAACGCGGGUGUUGCGGUCCAGAUUACAAAAGCGAAACACUUGUCCAGUCCUGCAGCAGUCUUAACCCGUUUUCGGCCACAUCAGAACGUGCCGAGUGCGAGUGUUUUUCGGAAAGUGGAAGUUGUGUUUUCUGGAGUGUGGAUUUGGCCGUUUGACUGUUGUCAAUGUCCCAUUUAUCGUGAAUGUAGCUUCAGUGGACGCCAGAAAUUUCUGAUUGAGGGCGCAGGGCCCUCGUAAAAUUCGAGUGAAAUGCUUUCAACAGUUCGCACGCCUCAUGUGCCCGUCUGUCUGUGAGUGAAAAUGUGUGUGCUUGUGAUAUCGGGAAAGAGAGACAAUGGAUCAAGAAGGAGAGUUAUGUGCCUCAGAAGACAUCGAACUUAUAAAGAAACUGGAAAAGAGGAUCCGCAAGCAGGCGAACGCUCUGCGGUCGGGCAGCGGCGGACGCUCGAUCCGGCAGCUGUUGAACGGGUGCUACGUGAAUGCCGUGCGCGCGGACGCUGGCGGACCAAUGAGUCGCAACAGGAAACAUGUCCCGGCCAAGCCCAGCAGCAGCAAGCCUUCCACCAGCAGGUCCUCGUCCAGCAGCAAGCCCUCGAGCAGCAAGCCCUCGUGCAGCAAAUAUCUGCUAACGAGUUCCUCGUCGAGCAGUGGGAGCGAGAGCGACAGCCCCGUCAAGCCCGUGCGGCGCGGCGCCAAGAACUGCAUCGACGACUCCGACGACGAGGAAGACGAUGCUCCUCCAGCCGACGUCCCGGCCGACCCGGCCGCCGCGGUGGCUUCGACCUCCAGGACGGAGUCGAGGCCGCCGUCCAGGCCGCCGUCGAGGCCGCCUUCCAGGACGCCGUCCUUAGAGCGCAGCGCCAACGCCACGGGCCGAGUGCUGCAGCAGACCUCCAACUCCAGGAGCGCCUCUUCGGCGGAGCCCAGGGAGGCAGAGCCCAGGGAGGCGUCGCGCGGACGCGAGAACCAGCCCGACGAGGACGAGGACAGGCGCCGCGAGGACAAGCGGCACAAGCGGAAGCUGUCGUCGGAGGAAGAGGACAAGCGGCGCAAGAGGAAGGCGCUGGACGAGGAGGAGGACAAGCGACGCAAGAGGAAGGCGCUGGACGAGGAGGAGGACAAGCGACGCAAGAGGAAGGCGCUGGACGAGGAAGAGGGCAGGCACCACAAGAGGAAGGCGUCGGCGGAGGAAGAGGGCAGGCACCACAAGAGGAAGGCGUCGGCGGAGGAAGGGGACAAGCACCACAAGAGGAAGCCGUCGGCAGAGGACGACUCGCGUCGGAAGGACCGCAAGGACGACGGCAAGAGCGACAAGGAUGGCGCCAAGCGGAGGCACUCUUCGGACAGCGGAAGCGGCGGGAGCUCCUCGCACGGCAAGCGGCACGGCGACAAGGAGGCGCGCCGUUCCAGCAAGGACGACGCCAAGAGGAAGCCUCGCGACUCCCCCCUGCCGUGGACCGCCCCCGCCUACAUGGACCUCACGGACCUCCCAGCCAGCCCCGUGGGAUCGCCCAUCGUUAUCUCGUCGGACUCGUCCGACGGUGUCUGCGUCAUCGACUCGUCGUCGGAGUCCGAGGUGGCGGUGGAGGUGCCCGUCAAGAGGUCGACCAAGCUGCCCGAGAGGUUGCCCGCGAAGUUGCCCGAGGAGGCACCAGUGGAGGCGCCCGAGGAAGUCCCCGAGCAAGUACCCGAGGAGGCUCUGAGGGAAGUACCGGAAGCUCUAACGGAAGCGUCAAGCGAAGCACCAAGGGAAUCGCCGAGUCAGGCCUCCACCGAGUUGUCCAGCGAGGCCUUGGUGCCCGUGGACGUGCCGAUGGCGCACCAGCCGCCGGCUGAGGUGGCCGAAGAAGACGCGGUGCUGGGCGAGAGCGAGUUUGCUGGGGCGGUGCCCACCACCGAAGAUCUACCGUCUGCUCUGCUACAAGUACCUGAUAGUCUACCUACCUCUAUGCCAAGUGCUCAAAGUGAUACGAUAAGUAUGCUAAAAAACGUUUCUAGUGCAUCUACGGGUACGGCAAAUGUGACAUGUGUUUCUAGUGCUUCUUCAAGUACAGCCACUAGUUCAACACUAAAUGCGCCUGCGAGUGUAUCUAGUGCCUCUACAAGUCCGGCCUCUAGAUCAAUACCAAAUGUGCCAAGGAGUGUUUCUAGUGCUUCUGCGAGUACAGCCUCCAGUGGGUCAGCUGAUGAACAUAAAAAAGUAAAACUAGAAGAGAUAAAAGGAAUUUUAGUUGUGAUGAUAAACUUUUGCAAGUCCCAUGGCCGCCUGGCCGAUGUGGUGAAGAGCUUCAUGCCGGCCUAUCCUGGCGUCAGUGAGUUCGUGCUGGAGAGACUGCUGAGGCUGCCGUCCCCGACCAUGGAGAAUGCCAUCUCCAUGGCGACAUUCAACGUGACUUACGACCAGGCCCGUCAGGACCAAAAAGCGAGCCCCCCAGGCGACACCAGCGAGGCAGACGUCCUCCAGGUCGUGGAGGCCUUCUUCGAGGUGACGGCUGGCAUGGAGGACGCAGAGCGGCUCGCCCACCUGGCCUACAUGUUCCCCUUUGCCGGGGCCUUGAUCCCCUCGGUCGAGGCUCUGAACCGUUACUUGAGGAUACCGACCGGGGUCCACAUGAUCUCCUUCAUGAUCAACUGCAGAUUAAAAGAGACAAAGACUGAUAGUGUUAAAAGUGAACCCGACAGUACGAGCCAUGCGGGUUUCGCCGCAAGAAGUUCCGUCAAGAUAGAAGUGGCUGGCCGGGCCGCGGAAUCCAAGACUGAGUGCACCGACAGGCCGUUCGCCCACAGGCCGCCCGCCGACGCCGAGCCUGCCGACUUUCAGCCCACCGACGCCGAGCCCGCCGACGCCCAGCCCACCGUUCAGCCCGCCGACGCCGAGCCCACUGAUAGGACGACGCAAGACGCCAGCUGCGGCGCAGACCUCGCCGACGACGUGCCCCCCGUGCCUUCGGAGCGCAGAAAAAAGAAGAAAAAGAAGAGGAAGAAGGACAACCCGCUGCCGCCGGCGGAAGCCACCGGGCUGAAGGUGCGACUGCGACGCAGCACGGAGGGCUACGUCAUGGAGUCGUUGAGCGAGUCCAACAGCCCGGCGCUCAGCCCGGCGCUCAGCCCGGCGACGGCCUCGUCGUCCGACGGGGAGGUGCCCAAGGCCUCAGCCGCCAGCGCCACCAACACGGUGGCUGACUUGAGCGACGCCAGCACCGUGGACGCCAAUCCCUCCUCCAACGCCUCCUCGGUGGACACCGACGUGACUGAAACCGAAGAGGUUGGCAACACCGGGGCUGACAGCGCCGGGGUUGGCAACACCGUCAAGGACCCUGCCGAGGCCACUGCAACCACCAACGACGAGGCCGCUGCGACCGCCCGGGCCCCGCCGCCUCUAAUCCUAUCCAUCGCCAAAAGGCCCCUCUACUCCAAGAACUUCGCCUUCAUGCAGCAGCAGGCUCGCUCGCCGCGCUCGCCGGAACGGUCCAGGGACCGCCACGACGACUCACCGCGCCACCGCGGAGAAGACUCCCCUCGGUCCAGCAGCUCCCAGGACGCUCGGAGGUCGCCGUCACCGCCACGCCUGGAGCGUCAGACUUCGCCCCGCUCCGGCUCUGGUAGGGAGGCACACUCUUCGCCGCGCUACAGCUCUUCAAGGGAAGAGCGGACUUCGCCCCGCUCCGGCUCUGGUAGGGAGGCACACUCUUCGCCGCGCUCCACCAGGGAAGGACGCACUUCACCACGCUCGGGCGCGGACAGGGAACGGCGUUCUCCUCCACGCUCCAGGGAAAGACACUCCUCGCCCCGAUCCAGCCACACCAGGGGACGGCAAUCUUCACCACGCUCCAGGGAUAGACACCCCUCGCCCCGAUCCAGCCACACCAGGGAACGGCAAUCUUCACCACGCUCCAGGGAUAGGCAAUCGUCGCCCCGCUCCUCGCGCCACUCCAGCCGCCCGAGGGACAGACGCUCUCCGCCCCGCUACGACCGUGCCAGGGAGCGGAGGACUUCACCCCGCUCCUCUCGCUCCACUGUGCGGUACAGAGACGAGUCGUCGAGCCCCGAGCCGCCUCGCCCCAGGAACGACCGGGAGGAACCAAGGCGCCCGGAGAUGUCCCCGCCCAGCCAGCCUCCUAGCCAAUCCCCCAGCCAGCCUCCCAAUCAAUCGCCCAGCCAGCCUCCCAAUCAAUCCCCCAGCCAGCCUCCCAAUCAAUCCCCCAGCCAGCCUCCUAGCCAAUCACCCGGCCAAUCACCCAGCCAGUCCCAAGCGCCCCUCGCAGACCGUCCGUGGAAGGUGUGCAGACUGUCCUUGAGCGGUGGUCGCGGUCGAGUCCGCGGUCGUGGUCGCGGCCGCGGCAUGCAACGCUACGCGCCUGCCGGCAAGUACAUCCCCCUGGGCGUGGACGCGAGCGCCAACGCCAGGCCCACCGUGACGCCCGAGUCUCGCGUCGGCGCCUUGCCCGCCGUCCGCCGCAAGUCGCUGCCCGCCGCCGACCUGCCCACCGAGGACGUGGUGCCCCCGCCGCCCCCAGCGCGGCGCUGCAGCACGGAGAGGCUCGAGGCGCUGCUCGGCAGAACCAGCAGGGACGAGGGCGAGGCGGAACAGCGAGAGAAGCAGCCAGCUCGCAGUCCACAGCAGGGCAAGCCAGCAGACUCAGCCUCCAAGCAGCAAGCCACGAAGCCACCAGAACAGCGAGAGAAGCAGCCAGCUCGCAGUCCAAAGCAGGGCAAGCCAGCAGAGUCAGCCUCCAAGCAGCAAGCCACAAAGCCAGCAGAAACAGCUACCAGUCAGCAGCAAGAGAAAAGGACUUCGGAAAAAGGCCCAAGUCAGCAGCAGGAACCUGCACAAACCUCCACCAAGGAAAACAAGAAGCCAGCAGAACCUGCAAAGCUGCAGAAAGCAACGUCACCGAGACAGCAACAAGACGCAAGCAACAAGGAGCAAGGAACGGACAAGCCUAGAGAAGAACCGAAGCGGCGGGAGUCUUCUGAAAAGUGGCGUGAGGCGUUUAAAGUCUCAAGCAAGCCCCAUCCCUACGCACCAACCUCAACCUCGUUCGUCCGUGCUCAGACGGCGUCGGGCGCCGCUCUCUCCUCCGUGCCGUCGUCCUUGGCCAGGGGCUCCGAGAUCAUCCUGCCGAAGUGCUCUUCAGGACCGGCCCAGCCUCCAGCCAGCUCUUCAGGACCGGCCCGGCCUCCAGCCAGCUCUUCAGGACCGGCCCGGCCUCCAGCCAGCUCUUCAGGACCGGCCCAGCCUCCCACCACCACUGCAGGACCAGCCCGGCCUCCUGCUGCACCCAGCCGGCUGACUGUGUCAGCCCGAGUUGCUGCCAGCGCCCCGCGAGCCGACGCAUCCAAGGACUCCAGACCCGACCUCCUCGUUGACCCCCGUCGGCCGCCAGCACCCCCCGCCUCCAGCCCGGCCGCUGCCGCCAACUUCUACCAGCAAGUGGAGGAAUCCCAAGCGCCACCGGGCACCAGCCCGCCGUCCAAGCCGCCCCCCCGGACCUACCCACCUGCCAAAGACCACCAGCCCACAGAAGCGCCCAGGGCGGCGCCGCCGCCUCGCACCCAGGUGUCCUCCAGGCUGGCCACUGGGCCCUUCAUGGCAGCUUGCAUGGCGGCAACUCAAAAGAGUGUCGCCGCGCCGUUGUCCGCGCCCGGCUCGGCUGUGACUGUGACUGCGACUGCCACACAUGAGAAGACGCCCUCGCCCCCGUCUAUCCAUGACGCGGCCACGCCCAUCUUCGCGGCGCCGCGGGAGUCACGGCCUGUGACGCCGCCCCCCGCGGGCCCCGCGCCAACCUCAAGCCCGUCGCUGCCCAGGCUGCAGUUGAGUCCGCAGGCUGCCAGGGCUGCUUCCUCCGCCACGACGGCCGCCGUGCAAAAGACUUCGACGGGCCCUUCCUCCAAGACGCCGACGACAGCCUCGCUGGACGUGGAGCAUCUGUCCAUGCCCUCUCUGUCGCCGCCUCCGUUUGCUGCGGAGGGGCUGGGGGAACGAAUCCAUGAAGUGGUGACACCGCCCUUGCGAAGGCCCUCCACCUCGCCGUCGUCACUGACCCCGUCCAAGUCGCCAGCGCGGCACACGCCAAGGGAGGCUGUGAUAACGCCGGCCACCCCUACGACCAGGGAAGCUGCGAGUACGCCGGCCACGCCUACCACCAGGGAAGCUCCGAGUACGCCGGCCACGCCUACCACCAGGGAAGCUCCGAGUACGCCGGCCACGCCCACCACCAGGGAAGCUCCGGGUACGCCGGCCACGCCCACCACCAGGGAAGUUCCGAGCAUGCCGGCCACGCCGGCCACGCUCGCCUCGGCGGACUCCGAUGACGAAGACGACCGCCUGGUGAUCGACGAGAACGGUCCGCCCUCCGUGCGGCCGCCGUCGUCGGCGUCCACAGUGCGGCCUUCGUCUGCCUUGUCCUCUGGAUCGGCCCCGCCGCUAACACCCACCAAGCCUUCGGCACCCCAGCCCGCCGCAGUGGUGAGGCUCACCCCGACCGGCGUUGCCAACGGCCAGAUCGUCUACACAGCGGAAUGGCUGGCGGCGUCGACAGAACCCUAUGCGUUGACGACGUCGCCGGUGUCAUCGCCGGUGUCAGCAGCGAUGGCAGGGCCACUGACGACGCCAGUGUCAGCAGCGCCGGCGGUGUCAGCGACCACGCCAGUGACGUCGCCAGUGUCAGCCGCUCUCGACCAGAUCCGCAUCCCUACGGUUUCGGAUGUGCAGAGUGCUCUUGGGGAGUUGCUUCAGGAGUCGGCCAAGAUCGAGGUGCCGGUGCCAGCCCCAGUGCCAGAGCCAGCGCCAGCCCCGCGCACCUUCAUCAAAGUGAAGAACGCCAAGGCACUGGGCCUUCACUCCUGGUCCGCCGGGGACUCGCCGCCCAGGACUGAGAGCGCUUCAACUUCAAGCUCAGCUGCGACAGCCAACCAAGCCAUCUCUGCGACGACAAGAUCGACCAGCUCGACUAGUUCGGCGGGCAGAGGCAGCACCACUGCAGCCAGGCUUGCUGCAAGCAGCGCCAGCGCGACCAGCACUGCUGUCCGUGGCCCUGUCGCGCAGCCGGUCCAAGAGACUGUAGCUGUGCACCAACAAUCAUCCGCUCAGCCAAACAGCAUCUCUUUCCCUCCCACGACUACGAUAGUUCAGGGGCUGCAGCAGGGGCUGCAGCAGGGGCUGCAGCAGGGGCUACAGCAGGGGCUACAGCAGGGGCUACCGAUGUGGCUGCCGCAACCACAGCAUCAGGGGGUACAGCAAGUACCACGACAGCAAGUACCACCACAGCAAGCACCACCUCAGCAAGUACCACCACAGCAAGCAGCACCACGGCCAGCAGCACCACAGCAAGCACCACCGCAAGUACGACGGCAGAGGCCACUGGUACCAGCACCCUAUCCGCGGCCAGGACCGCAGCAAGGACCGCAGCAAGUUUCACAGAUGAGGGCGCAUCCGACGCCGGUUCUAGGACCUCCACAACAUGCGGGCCCUGCUCGCAGCCAGCCGGCAACAGCAGCCCCUAGUCAAGCGCGUAGAUUUGUAGUAGUUGGCCAAUCUCAAACUAUGCACUUUGUAGUCUCCCAAAUGCCAGCCCAGGCUGGGCAGGCACAAGGACACGUUCGCCAGCAGGCAGCAAACUCAGGACUUGGACAGGGCCAAGUGUCUUCCAACUUCGGAAUGCCUCAACCAGCUCCAAUGGUCAUGGCAAAUUCUCAGAGCAACAACUCAACCUAUCUCAGCAGCACCACUCAUCAAUCUCUUCCGGCUGUACCAAUCUCUGGGCAACCUCCUCAGCAUGUGCCAAAUGCUCUAUACCGUACCGCCCCUUCAUAUCAGGCUCUACAUGCUGCGUAUCUGGUACCUGAAAAUAGCCAAAUGGUGUCGGCACAGCCACAGUUGACGCAGCGUCAGCAGUAUGCAGUUCAGACACCGCCUGUCCAUCCAUAUCAGAUGUCCACUACCCAGCAGCCUCCAAUCCAUGUGCAAGGGAUUCAGCCUCUCCAUCAGAAACAACCUGAUUCUAAUGCUCUCUUCCAAGUGCCGCCUAAUGCCUCUAGACCAGCAGCUUCCACCCAGCAGCCAACAGCAGUACCUCCUCAGCAAACACCAACACAGUCUCAAAAUUCGAGAAACCUCCCUAAUAUUCUGCGUGGAGCACUUGGCUCAGGACCAGCACCAACCCAGGAGCUCAAUCGUCAACUAACAGUAAAUCCAGUGCAGGCCCUAGUCAACAUGGCUGCGUCCCACUUAGAGUCUCCACAGAGUGUUCCCUUGAUCCCUCUUGCUGCACACCAAAAUCAACUUCAGGUUGCUCCUGUUCCUAGCCAGAUGGUGGUGGGAGCUCCAAGUAUAGUUCCAGUUGCUGACCAGGUGCAGGCAGCUCCAACAACUGCUCCUGUUGGUGAACAGAUGGCGACAGCUCCUAGUGUAGCUCCAGUCGCUGAUCCAGUGCUGGCAGCUCAACCUGCUGCUCUUGUGGCUCAUCAUGCUGCUCCUGAACCAGCUACACCCCCAUUGUUGAGGGCGCUCCAGCAAGAGGAAGGACCAUUGCCUCUCCUGUCAAAUCUUGAUAUUGACGAUGUCCUCUGCACUCCAAAUUGGAUUGAUGAAACCACCAUUGGAAAGCGACACAAUGCCAUGACUAAUUGUGAUGCUCGUGCCUCCCAUUCAGAUAUGGAACAAUCUUUGCACUUAACUGCCCCACAUGAUGUAGCAUCAACUGUGGACAAGCAGUCUUGUGCACCUUCCAGUACAAAUGAUGAUAAAGAAAAAGAUAAUGAAAAGAAUGCAGAUGAAGAAAAAGAUAAGGAAGGAGGUGCAGAUGAAGAGGAUGGAGAUGAUGAUGAAGAAAAAGAUGACGAUGAGGAAAAAGAUGAUGAAGAAAGAGAAGAUGGAGAUGAAGGAAAUGAUGAUGAUGAAGGUGAAUCACUAGAUGACGUGGUUGAUAAAUUAAUUGAUCUGUGUGAUGAGACCUCUGAUUCUGAGUCCGAUGAGUCUGAUAAUGCCACAUCACCAAAUCUGGACCCUGCAUCUAUGCAGGAAAAUAUUGACACUGAUGCAUCUAAUACAGAAGAAACUCAAGAUCAUCAAUGCUCAGUGGAGGAGGAAGAAAGCUCUGCAUCUGAUGACAGUGAAGUGGAAGAUGCUCCAGAUGCAAGUCAGGCAGUGAAAGACUUUCUAUCAACACUUGAUUUAUCACCACCUGCAUCUCCAGAAGGACCCUCUGGUCAGCAUCUGGAAGAAGGUGAAGAUCAUGAUGAAGAAUCUGUUAGUAAAGCAAUGGAAGCCAGCAAAAAUGGAGUCAAUGACAUUUGUGAUGAAGAGGCUGUUCAUGAAGAAAAUAUUGGAGAUAACCACCGUCUUAGAGAUGAAAGAGAAGCUAAUGAAGAGAAUAGAGAAGAAAGCAGUGUUGAAGAUGAUGGGAGAAGCCAUGAAAUUGACAGUGAUAAAGAGAAGAGAGAAGAGAGCAAAGUUAAAGACGAUGGAAAAAGUCAUGAAAAUAACAAUAAAGAAAGCAAUGCAGCAGAUGAUGGAAAUACCAGUGAAGAAAGUAGCAAUGAAGAGGACGGUCUUGGUGACGCUCUUGACCAGAUAGUGAACGAUGCGGAGGAGGAUGAAUCUCAGACCCAAUCACCAGAUCUAUCUGGAAACUUCAACUAUAGAGAGGCUGCUGCUCUAGAAGAUGAAGAUACAGUUCCAGAGGAAGGUCUUGGCAAUACUCUUGACCAGAUAGUGAAUGAUGCUGAGGAGGACGAGUCUCGGACCCAAUCACCAGCUCCAUCCGAAAACUUUAACUGUAGGGAGGCUGCUGCUGUAGAAAACAAUGAUACAGUUCCAGAGGACGGUCUUGGUGACGCUCUUGACCAGAUAGUGAACAAUGCGGAGGAGGAUGAAUCUCAGACCCAAUCACCAGAUCCAUCUGAAAACUUCAACUCUAGAGAGGCUGCUGCUGUAGAAGACGAAGAUACAGUUCCAGAGGAAGGUCUUGGGGACGCUCUUGACCAGAUAGUAAAUGAUGCUGAGGAGGACGAGUCUCGGACCCAAUCACCAGCUCCAUCCGAAAACUCCAACUGUAGAGAGGCUGCUGCUGUAGAAGAUGAAGAUACAGUUCCUCUGCCCUCUCCUCAGAGCCCUCCUACUCAAUCUGAAAGCUUUGCUGCUUCACUUCCGAAUCCCUCUGAUGAUGCUUCACAGCCUUUGGAUUUGACUGCUCCUUCUGCUGUAACUAGUGCUCCUUCUAUGCCACAAAGGAAUUCUCAAGAACAAGAAUACCUAGAUUUGCUCCAUGGCAUAGAUUGGAGUGAAUCUGGGUUUGAUGACCACCCAGCUAUGGCAGACAGACAAUUAACAUUACCUUCAGCCUCAUCAGACAAAAAUGAAUGUUCACAGCAAAGUUCAGAUGAAUUAACAUCUUCAGCUGGAAACAUUUCUGCUGCCAUUACAGAGGAAGCUGACAGUACCCAGACUUGUCCAUCAGAAACCGAAGCUGCAGAAAUGAAUUCUAAUGGGAGGAAAUCUCCACUUGAGCAUGACGACCGCUCAGUUCGCUGUGUCAAUGAGACAUCUCUGUCCAUUGGCAGUCAACCAGUCUUGGAGUUCAAUUCCAACAGUGACUCAGAUUCCUCCUUUUGUGAGUUGAUUGAGAGCCCCGACUCAGGAGAGGAUGAUGUAACUUCCACUUGGGAGGAUUCCUAUUUGGAACCACGUACACCUGACAUACGCAGCUUGAUGGACAAGCUAGCAGAUAAUGACGCAGAAGAUGCAGAAGACGCAGAGGAAAUGAUUGAUGUGAGCCAGCUGAGUCGGUUCAUUUCGGUAAAAGCUAAGGAACCAGACAAGGAUCAUGAGCUUCCCCCUGAGCUGGCCGAAGCUAUGAAUAAUCCUGACUGUGAACUUGAUGUCCUUGUUGAAAUUGAUGCGACAAACAAGUGUACCUGUGGGAAGCCUAGUAAGUUUGCCUGCGAGUGUGUGGGAGCCUUCUACUGCAGUUUUGAUUGUGCUAAAGCCAAUUGGGACAACCAUUUUGAUGAAUGUAAACUAGGACCGAUAUGAGAAUUUUGUUUGUAUACAUUUCUACCUAAUCUAGUUUAGUUGUUUUAAGUGAUAACAGUAUUUAGUUGAUUUUUUUGUAAUCAAUGUACCUGAGUAAAGUUUAGUUUCAAAGACUAGAAUAUUAUGCACCAGUGUCCUGAGAAAUACUGUGAUAUUAAGCUCCUUGUGGAACAGGAGAAUAUUAAACUCGGGUGCCUAAUGUUAAGCAUUCAUUAAGGUUCCAUUUUAUUUUGUAAUUUUUUAUUUUACAAGUUUGAUUAUGAUAAACCAAUAAUGUUACACUGAA